UGUUCUGUGUACGACGAAGUCAUUUGUAGCGCCCUCUGCUCUGUUGAUGAAAACAAACGCUGGACGAUUGCUCUGCUAAUCAGCAGGCUAUGUCGGUCGGGCUUUUUGCAGUGUAUUUGCGGGGUGUUUUGAACGUAUAAAACGGGGACAUUUCCGAAGACAUCUCGAGUGGGGAACAGGACGUCAAAACCGGGGUUGUCCCGGAAAAACUGGACGUCUGGUCACCCAUAGGUUAAAUAUUAUCCUGCGUAUUUCACCAAGCUUCCGUCUUCUAAAUCUGGUCUGGAAAAGACGUAUUUGUCUCUUUCUGGCUAAAUCCAUUCACUCUACAGGUUUUACAGACUGAUUUCACUUUGAAACAUGAAAAUUUUACAUUCGGAUGAGUUGAAAAUAGCGGAGACUACUUUAUAUGCACAUCUGCCUAAAUCCAUAAAGGUGUAUGGAUUUGUUUUCGCUAUGAACAGAGGGAAACCACACACUUUAGAGGUAUUGGUGGAUACGUGGCCAGAUUUUACCACUAUCAUUGUUCGACCAGAUCCAAAUAAUAAUCGAGCAAAGGACUUUAUGAAGAAGGUGACUCUAUACAGUACCGAUGAAGAAGUCCUGAGAAGAAUGCUUGCUGUGGAAGAUGCAAUUGACUGGAGCACAUACUUCCUAAUAGGAGGAUGUGAUCUACGCCAUUCACCAAUACUGAAGGAAACUGCUGCUUCUCGGGGUGUCAGUAUUAAAGGGUUAUCCUUGGUGCACCUUAUGACAUUAACUGAGCCCAGUCAUUUACCUGAGCUGAUUACCAGUGAACUUGAGUCCAGAUUGUCUGUCCUCAAUGAAUCACAUGCCAAUGUAGUUAAUAAGACUUGGAAAUUUGGUGGGGAUGACAAAGGUUACAGGAACAUCCUGAAGCUCAUUAGAUAUUUCCCCACAUGCUGCAUUACAGAUGAGAACAAUCAGCCUGUGUCCUGGGUGCUGCUGUAUGAUUACUGUGCCAUGGGGAUGUUGCACACUCAGCCAGAGCAUCGUGGGAAGGGCUAUGCCAAAGCCCUGGUAACCACAAUGGCAAAGAGGCUCCAUUCUCAGGGCUAUCCUGUGUACUGUUUCAUUGAAGAAUGCAAUCCGCUUUCCUACAAACUUUUUAAAAGCCUGGGUUUUACAGAGGACCCCUCUUACAGGGCUGUCUGGUAUGAAUUUUUUUGUUAGCGUGAAUACUCUUGUAUUCACUGUCAAUACUGCUGUUUUAUAGAAAGAAAAACGUCUUGGACAUCAUCAUGAAAUCAAAUUUGACAGUUCUCGUUUUUUUUAACGGAAUACAGACUGUUUAAUGGAAUGAUUUUAAAAACAUUUUUCAUUUAUAUUCCCUUGGAAUCUUUAAUCAAAAGCAUUAACUUCCUCUUUCCUUCUCAAUCACGUGUGCACCAUGAGGGCUGGACAAUAAGCCCUCAAUCGAUUCCUGAUGUGCAACAUUUUUUCUUGUUUGAAAAGCAGUUUCACUCAGGUACAUCACAAUAGAGAAUAAAGAUGAUUGACAUUAAUGUUUCACACUGACUUUAACUACGUGAUUAUUUCAUUUUGGUUAAUUUAUAUAAAAAAAGCAGUAUUUUAUACACAAUUGAAACAUUUGUAAUAAAUUUUAUUUUAAUAGUAGAGCUUUCACUUAAAAUGUUGUAUGAAUGAAGGUUAAACCGCCAGUCUGUUAGCUGAGUAACAACUUUACACAAAUUUAUUAAUUCAAUAUCCCAUCCAGAGUUUUAUUUUAGCUGGAAACUAUUUAAUUCCUCAAGAGUAUUUACAUGACCGCCAUAAGAAGGUAAUAUUUCAAUGCUGUGAAAUAAAUCUCAAGACACUAUUAUCAUGCUUGCAGAGAAAUACAAAAUGUUGCCAAACAUUGUGUGGCUCCAGUAUCAUCUUAAUAUCAUAAUUUUAUAGGAAACAUUUUCUUUGUAAGGAGAGAUUUUUUGUUUGCAUUGGAUUGCUUCUCCCAACUGCUGUUUUGAGAUCUCUCCACAGGUGUUCUAUGGAAUUCAGAUCUGGACUCAUUGGCUAUAUUUACAUGCAACCAAAUAGGCCUUUAUCACACUUCCGCGUUCGAAAAGCGGAAGAUUCAAAUAGGGCCGUGUUCACACUUGGCGUCUUUUUUGACUAGAAAAAGUUGACGAGAGCGCUUUUUUAAUGAAAAAAAAAAAGCUGGCAGCGUCUGUUACAAAUAGCAGCCGAGAGCGUCUUUUGUUUCCAUAGCAACAGCGGUAACGGUAGCUAGCAAUGUGUGCUGCAGAAACGUCUGCUUUUGAAGUUAAUGGGGAGGGUGUCGGUUCACAACGACGUUUGUGGGAGCGCGACAUUAUACGGGGAAGGAAACUGUAUAGUGCUUCCAACAAUUUAGUCCAGGACCUCCGGUUGGAUGAUGCACGGUUUCAUACUGUUCCUUGUGCUCCGAAACUAGUACGAUCUGUCUACCGGCUAUCUUCUCAUUUUUUCUUGUUGUUUUUGUUGUUAUGGAAACGACUCGCCACUCGCUUGUCAUUGGUCAGCUGUCAAAAAGGCGCUUGACGUAGGGCGUUUUAAAAAAAAAAAAAGUUGAACUAUUUUCAACUCGAAAAAACGCUCUGAGCUGCAGAAAAAGACGCCGGCGGUAGCGUUUUAAAAAGCGCUCAGGACUUUUUUGAAAACACGGUUUACUCCAUAGGAUUAUAAUGUAAAACAGACGCUGGCAGCUUCAAAAAAGACGCCAAGUGUGAACACGGCCUAAAAGAACUUCCGCUGCAGCCUCUAUCAAUGGCCGUGCCCAUAGCACGGCAUUGUUGUGGAUUAUUUAUGUAGAAUUCAGCACAGAUACGUCUUCUAAAGACACCAAUCUCAGUUUACAACAAUUAAUUGAGUAUUAUGAAACGAAGGAAUAUGUUGUCACGAUAUCCAGAUGCGUAUUUCGUGACUUAAACAGGAGCGCGCGAGCCAUACUGUAUGUGUACAGGCAAUUCUUUACAGUCUGAUCACCUUAUUUCAACACACAACAGCGAGAAAACUAUAUAAACAACAUAUCACAUUAAUAAGCAUUAGAAAUAGCCAAAGCUUAAAACAUUACUAUAGGCUGUAUGAUUAAAUUAAAGGUUUAGGGCAAACUUGUAUUAUAAAUGCUCACAUUUUUUUCACGCGCUGACUUUAUGAUGCAAUCCUCAAUAUUUGCAUCAAAUUUAAGUUGUUCAAAUAAAGAAAUAUUUCCAGCCUAUAGACAAUAAUUAAAAAUAAGUUUGAUCAUCUUAAUCGAGUUAUUCUCCGUGAUUGCGUGCAACGAUUGAAUAUAAUAUACUGUGAACAAGAGUGGGAGGUUAAUCACAAUAAAUAUAAUUCAAAAAUAAACUAAAUAAUAUUAAAUCAGUCCCGAGUAUUCCUCUGGCAGUAACUUGAGCUGCGUGCUCUUCAUUAAUCUGACAGUGGCUUCGCUCAGAUAGGCUCAUGUUACACAUUAAAAUGAAGGAUGACAUGAUACAUGGUAUGGAAUCGGUAUAAAUAUGCAGUUUUAACAUUGACGUUUAUUGCAUCAAUGUUCAACUAAACUAAAUUAGUUUAAUUUUCUUCACAGAAAUGCCGUCUAGACCAUUUCAACGGCUAUUCGGCUGUUUAAGGAAGUGACGUCUUUGGUCCUCGGACGUUUCAGGUUAAUGUUCGAGCGCAUUCAAAACAAUGGCGGCAGGCGCUUGAUACACAGUAGGAUUGCGAUAAUUUAUGUAAUCCUGCUGUUUAAAUUGUCAAAAUUAAAAUUAAUUUUAAUUUCCCCCCCUCCCCCCCCCAUUUGAUUAUUUGUAUUUCUUUACGUUAACUCUUCAAGUAUGAUGCAUUGUGUUUCCAUCAUUGUUUACAUAUGCGCCUAGCGUUUUGAUUCUUUUUUUAGUGAAAAAGGCCAAGCUUCAUUUCCGUUUUAUUGCAAGCAUUAUGAGGGCUUCAGCUAUCUUGUCAGCAGAUAAAUGCAGUGCGUAACACAUUAUAGAAAUGUAUACUGUAAACUUGAAUGUUGUAUACUGUAACAGUUAACUGCAGUAGUUUACAAAAGGUAACGGUAAAAAAAAAUGUCAUCACUUAUUAAGCUUGUCUAAUGUUAAUUCCAACAUGUACUGAUGUAUUAAACAAUAAUAUAAUUAUUUUUAAAUAUUGUGCAUUAAAUUAAAUAAUUGUUCUUCUACUUUUG